AUGAUCGAACUUAUCUCUGGUGAAACUGAGAAGGUUGUGCGAAUUUGGGACCCAAGAACUGGUUCAAAGUCUAUGAAGCUAAGAGGGCAUAUAGAUAACACUAGGGCUCUGCUUCUGGAUUCUACUGGCAGAAUUGCGGUGCAUACAGAUUCUGUUUGGGCACUUGCGAGCACCCCAACAUUUAGUCAUGUUUAUAGUAGUGGUAGAGAUUUUUCUUUAUAUUUGACAGACUUGUCAACAAGAGAAAACAUAUUGCUUUGCACCAAGGAACACCCAAUUUCACUACUGGCAUUUCAUGAUGAUAAUAUAUGGGUUGCAACGACAGACUCUUCAGUUGAUAGGAGGCCUGCUGAAGGACAAAACCCUCAGAAGGUCUUUCAAAGAGGUGAUUCAUUCUUGGCUGGAAACUUGUCUUUCUCGAGGGCAAGAGUUUCUUUAGAAGGGACUGCCCCAACUCCUGUUUUUAAAGAACCAAUAUUUACUAUUCCCGGAACGCCAGCAAUAGUCCAGUAUGAAAUUUUAAAUAAAAAAAGGCAUGUAUUGACUAGGGAUACUGCUGGUUCAAUAAAGCUCUGGGAUAUAACCAUUUUGUCUUUUUAUGCCCAGGUUUCAUAUGACGAGAAAAAGGAGCAGUUGUUUGAGAUGGUAACCAUUCCUUCAUGGUUCACUGUGGAUUCCCCGCUUGGAAGCUUGUCUGUUCAUUUGGACACACCCCAAUGCUUUUCUGCAGAGAUGUAUUCUGCAGAUUUGAAAAUAACUGGCAAGCCUGAGGAUGAUAAGAUUAAUCUAGGUCUUGAAACCCUUAAAGGUCUUUUAGCUCAUUGGAUGGCCAAAAGAAGGCAAAAACUUGGCUUGCAGACUUCAGCUAAUGGAAAUGUUUUAUCAGGAAAAGUUACUACCCAAAGAAGUCUUGCUCAUUCAAGAAUUGAGGUUGAUGGAAAUGCUGAAACUGUCCCCACGGUCUAUCCUCCUUUUGAGUUGUCUACAGUUUCCCCUCCUUCAAUUAUCACUGAAGGUUCCCAAGGAGGUCCUUGGAGAAAGAAAAUUACAGAACUGUAUGGUACUGAGGAUGAGAAGCACUUCCCCUGGUGGGUUUUGGAUUGUGGGUUGAAUAAUCAGCUCCCAUCACGAGAGAACACCAAGUGCAGCUUCCACCUUCAUCCAUGUGAAGGUUCAGCUGUUCAAAUCCUCACACAGGGGAAGUUAAGUGCACCUCGCAUAUUGAGAAUACAGAAGGUUAUUAAUUAUGUCAAAGAAAAGAUGGUGCUUGACAAACCAAUUGAUAGUUUAAAUACCAUUGGAUCAUUUGCUCCUGGAAUUGGAGGACAAUUGCAGCAUUCAUCAGUUGGAGAUGGAUUGCUUUGUUCUGGACUAAAGCCUUGGAAAAAUCCUCGGCAUUCUAUUGAGAUUUUAUGUAAUAAUCAGGUAUUAUCUCCUGACACGAGCUUAUCUACUGUGCGGGCUUACAUAUGGAAGAAACCCGAGGACUUGGUGCUUAAUUAUAGAGUGAUUCAAAGGAGGUGAUUUAUUGGUUUCUUGGAGCAGGUGAGUUGGACGUAUACUAC